UAUAUUUCCAUUUGGGCUACUUGCACGGAUAUCAAGCCCAAAGCCCAAUCAUAUGCAUUCCACAUUAAAACCUCAAAUCUAGGGUUUUAACUUUCACGAGCCAUCAUCAUCAUCAUUUCAUCUUAUCCAGUCGCCGGGAAAAGCUUCAGAGACUGCAUCAAUGGUGAAAGGGCGCCAAGGCGAGCGGGUCAGGCUCUAUGUCCGUGGAACAAUCCUCGGAUACAAAAGAUCCAAAUCGAAUCAGUACCCGAACACGUCACUGGUACAGAUCGAGGGCGUGAACACGCAGGAGGAGGUAUCGUGGUACCUCGGGAAGAGAAUGGCGUACAUUUACAAAGCGAAGGUGAAGAAGAACGGGUCUCACUACCGCUGUAUCUGGGGGAAAGUCACGCGCCCGCACGGCAACAGCGGCGUGGUCCGCGCCAAGUUCAAGUCCAAUCUUCCCCCGAAAUCCAUGGUAUUGACUAUUGAGUUGAUGGAGCUAAUGCUAGUUGAUAGCUUGGGAGAUAGAGUGAGGGUGUUCAUGUACCCGAGCAACAUCUGA